AUGGCUCAGGCCUCCGUCGGACGCUCCAUGAGCGACCACGCCGAAUCUUCCUCCCUUGCCAUGUUCCCACGCAAUGCCGACCCGAUGAGCGUCGCUCUCCGCACAGAUGGCUCUCUCAACCUUGAUGACCUCGUCCACCUCAAUCAGACGGCACCACCUUGCCAACCCGGACCUUCUACUAUUGGUACUCGCACCACGACAGUGUUUACGUCCCGCGAGCAGUCCAGCGGCACGAAACCCACGUCGGCGGGCACAGGCUAUCCAAUUAACGGUGGAAAUGGCAAAGGCAAAGCCAUUGCAGAGUAUGCAUCGUCGCUAUCUGCUACACACGGAUCAGGGUCUGAAGCUGAAGCCGAGCAAGAAAACAAUCUUGCCGGUGUUGGUAGUUGGACUGGCGAUGGGCCUAUCGGCACGACCCCUCUUAAAGGUGCCGCUAGGGCUCGCAAGCGGCAACGAAUGAAUAGACGACCGAAGCAUAAGAAGCCUGUUGUCAUCAUCCACGGCCCAGGUCACGCUUCUUCUGGAGACGACGAAGCACCCGCCGUCAAGUGCGUCUCGCGCCGUAACAGUAAAGAUACCAAAUAUCUGCGACAACGCCGCAACAAGCAGGAAUGCGACGAGCUUGACCUGGAAUCGGGCCGCGCAUCUCACGUUGCUGAGCGCUCCGCACCCAAAUCCUUGUCUCCAACACGCUUCUACGUUGUUCUCAGCCUUGCCCUCGCCAUUGCUCUGACCUUUGCGCUUUCGGUAUUUGCUGCUCACUCCACCGGCAAAGGGCGCAUGGCGUGCACCAAGGGUAUCAUAUUCUCCGCGACAGUCAUCAUCUCUUGUUUUACCGUUCUCGCAAUGGUCGUGGCGCGACGCGCGCUGCAGGAAGCCCUACUCGCAGGUAUGUUGGAGUUCCUAGUAGGCUUCGCGCUAGUCACCGAGAUUCACGAGUUCAUGUGGCAUGCUCCCUGA